UACAACAAUGAAAUAUAAUUUGGGAAGUUAGUGUGUACGCAUACAGACGUUACCAACAGUAUAAUCCCGUUUCAGGGUGUUUACCUUGUCCAACGGGAAAAGCAUAAUAGCAGAUAUUUCUCCUACCUGGAUAUCAUAUUUUCCCGCAAUAUCCAGAGAGAAGAAACUGUGCGUAACAGAGAGAAGGUGAGGGAGCUAUGAUUGGUUUGGGCGCUUGUCCAUGGCUUUGUGGAGCCUAUCCCUAUCCUUCUGGAUUCUUCAAAUUCCCAUCUUCCAACACUACCACCUGCUCCUCUGUUCCUGCCUUUAUCAUACAUUGCAGUAAUUCCCAAUUUACACCUCAAGGCCCGGGCCCCUCGCAAACUGACCUCAAAUUUGUUCUUCACGAUGCUCUCGACGCGUUUGGUGUCAAUACAACCCAUGCCCGUAUAGCUAGAGAAGGUUUCUGCUCUCAAAUUCGAAAACUAUCGGAUAUAGAGAGAGGAACGAGUAUUUGCAUAAACAGAGGGGUUGAUUUAGGGCAAGCCGCUCUUCAUAUAGCGGCGGAACAUGAUUCCCUUAUUUCACACUCUUCUGUUCCACUCCCUGUCGCUGAUUUCCUUGAGAGAUUAGAUCAUCUUUCUAUGGAGUACUGCUCGCGUUAUAGCUCUUCCUUUAAAUCUUCUCCAGAACACUUCAUUCACUGUUUAGAAACGUACUUGUACGUUAAUAAGGGUUUCCGAAGGACUGGUGAUAGGAAUCAAUCAGAGCCACGCGCUCUUUAUCUUCACUCAGUUUUAACACAUCGCUUCGGUUCUGCUUCACUACUUUCACUUAUAUACUCAGAGAUAUUGAAGAUGCUUCGCCUGUGCGGUCUUUUAAGUUUUGAUAUUGAGGUUUUCUUCCCUCAUGAUUCUUAUAGCUCUCCUCGAGGCUACUGCAAACAAAAAAUGAAAGAGUCUGAUCAAUCACAUGUCAUGACUACUCAGUCGUUGCUAGUGGAGAUGCUGAAAGAUUUGAAGGAUGCUUUCUGGCCAUUUCAGCUUGAUCAUACUAAGAGUCCUUUCCUGAGAGCAGCACGAGCUGCCAACUGUUCUGAAAGUGCCAAUGAUUCUGAAGAAAGUGCAUUCGAGCUUGCAUCUGUCAAGGCUGCUCUGCAUAGGCUACAGCGUGGUGUUUGGACCAGUGUUCGAUUUGGGGACAUGAGACGUGCACUCUCUGCAUGUGAACAUCUUAUCCUCUUGCAAAUUGAUCGUAAGGAAUUGAGGGAUUAUGGUGUUCUGCUCUACCAUUGUGGAUUUUAUAAGGAAGCACUCCAGUACCUUACAUUAUACCAGGAUAGGAAGAAGGACUUGUUUGGUUUGAUUGAUAAUGUGGAGGAAGAAGAAGCUUUGGAGAAAUUAAUUAUUCGCCUUAACCUCAUCUUGAUGGAGGAAGGUUCAGGUGUACUUGAAGUAUGGACAAGUCAAACUUGUGGAAUCUGUCCCUCCAAAGGAUCUAAAGAUAGAACCGAUCCUCUGUAGAUAACUGUACACCAGGAACUAACGUAUCUAAGAAUAGGUUAAAUGUAACACAAAUUCAUAGUCGUGUAUAGGAGAAUGCUAAUGUCCCUUAACCCAUAACAAUACGCUUAACAAUUCCAAUUAACCAAUGAAAUAAUACAAUGCUUCGUGGAAUAAUACGUUUGUGGUGACAAAUA